AAAGACCGACCAGCGAAAAGGGAGACAAGAGACACAGAAAUAAAAGAAUGAACAGCCAAGCGACAAUUGGAACUUCUGCGCAGCGCAUCGGCGGAGCGUCUCGGGCCCUUCCAACGUGGCGUCUUUCUUCCCUUAUUUCGCGACGCUGAAGGCACAAAAAAAAAUAUUUCAAGAUGACGGAUGGAAUGCUCUCCUUGUCGUGGAACAACCACAAAGCAACCUUUUGUCACAUCCUCUCCACACUAAGAGAAAAGGAGAGAUACACAGAUGUCACAGUGGCGUGCGAAGGCAAAUUUUAUCCAGUACACAAGUUGGUUUUGUCAACUUGUAGUGAAUACUUUGAGAAGAUGUUUGAUAACACACCUUGUAAACACCCAGUCAUUGUAUUAAAAGAUGUGUUACCUGAUGAGUUGGAGGCUCUUUUGAGUUACAUGUAUGAUGGUGUUGUGAGUGUAGCACAGAAUGAUCUGGCAAGACUAAUAAAGGCUGCAGAAUUGUUGCGGAUCAAAGGUUUGGCUGUGCCCGAUGAACCCCCAAAGCCAGAAGGGAACCGGAGAAAAUCCACGCAGUCUAGAAACGCCUCAGAUGACCGAAGCAGUCCACAUCCAAAGCGGAGAAAAGGCGACGAGAGCAGCACCGCCUCCCAGCGUAAUGCCCCAGCUCCAGCUUCUCCUCCCUCAUCCCCUCGAGUCUCACCUUUCCAAGGAGAUAAUGAGCAGCAGCAACAAGGAAGCAGCAGAAUUCAGCAGGACAGUCACUGGAUGGAUCAGAGAGACGACCCAAAGGCAGACCACAUUCAGGAAGACAGACUGGACAAUCACGCAUCUUCUCAAUCUCCGUCUCCUAAAGUACAGGUAUUAGUCGAUGAAACGCUAGUCAAAGAGGAAAUGGAAGAACCUCUUAGCACCAACCAAGAUGAUGGGAUGGAUUAUGGAUCUCUAGGAAGCGAUUCCAGAUUAGAGGGAUCGUGUGGUGGUGAAGGAGAUGAUAAUGCUAGUCUGAUGAUACCUAACAAAUACGAACAAAAUGUUGCCACGUCCCAAGCGCAGCCCCUUCCAGAGGCUGUGGUGGAGGCAUUGGCUGGACCCUCAGGGAUGCAGGGGUGGCUCGGAGGAUGUGAUGUCCCCAGUGGGUUUUCCGGCAUGGAAGGCUACAGUGGGGACGGUAGCCAGGAGGUCCACCAGCCCCCACAAGGUCCUGCAGGAGCACAAGCACAGCAAGCACACCAGAUGGUGGAGCGGAAGAAAAACAAUCAGUGGAAUGCAGAGAAUAGACGAUCAGGAGAAUGGCAGGACUUCACUUCACCAGCCAGCAGUCAUCAGUGCCCCCACUGUGACUUUCUUACAGCUUCUUAUAAUAAAAUGUUGAGACAUAUCCAGAAACACACUGGAGAGAAGCCAUUCUCCUGUGCCCACUGUACCUACAGUACCACUCGAAAGGGAAAGCUAGAUGAGCAUAUAAAUACCCACACUGGAGAAAGACCAUUUGCAUGCCCUUACUGUGAAUAUAGUUCUUCACAUAAGAGCAUUCUGAGAGUACACAUUCGUAGACAUACUGGAGAAAAGCCUUAUGCUUGUACAUUCUGCCCUUACAGAGCAGCUCAAAAGUCAACUUUGAAUAGCCAUUUAAUGACACACAUUUCAACAGAUGUACCAAUGUAAAAAAAAAAAACAUAUGGUGCUUAUGUUAUACCAUCAAUACCAUCAGCAUUGCAUUGAAUUGUGUUUCAUUGUACUUUUACUUAACCCAAUGGCGCCAGGUGUACAAAAGAAAAAAAAAACUCUACGCUUAAACAAACAAAGGCGGCGCGCCGACUUUGAGCGCGUGAGUAGGGGACAUCAGCCUGAAUCACUGGCUCGCCGCCGGCUCGUUCGGCUGCACGCCAGCUUUCGAGCUCUUUGUGUACACGUCGAUCGGCGUCACCCGGCACCAAGGGGUUAAAGAAUAUACCUUAGGGAGUGGGGGGAACUUUUUUUAUCAAGUGGAUUAGGAAAUUUUGUAUGCCAGUAAACUAAGGUACCAGUCAACAUAUGUGUCACUUAUCAGUGGUCUACUAAACCCAUUGUAAUUUUUUUUUUUUUUCUAUCUUUAAUACUUUGUGUCUUUUCCCAUCCUUAAGCCUCUGUGGCAAUGAUAGGACCAGUUUUUGAAGGGUUUCAGUAGGAGUCUUUGCCCAUAACUCUUUGGCAGGUAAAGGGAGCUGGUGCCCUUGCUUUGUAAAUCAUGUUAAAUUAUAAGUUUUCUGUAUGAUUAAUAUCUGGGGUGUUCUCGAUAUACUGUACCCCACAGUUAGAGAGCCAGUUUGUUACAGAUUUUGCCCUACUGCCAGAUUUACAAUGGUACUGAAAAACAAAUGCACAGAAUAAAUAUUUUGACUUGAACAUUUGCUGGCAAUACAAUUAAAUAACCUAAUCCUCUUCCAAAGAUGAAACCCAAUACCAUAAAAAAUCUGGAUGUUUCCAAGCAACCUGUUUCUCAAUUCUUUUAAAAACACUGGCUGUGUUAUGAGGAUUAUUCAACUCUCGCUUGGCAAUAGUCUUUAUACGAGGAAAUAUUUUCUUUGUCCUUCCAGGGUGAGGGACAUAGGUAGCCCCUACUGAUACCUAAUAACCCACAAACAAAUUGAUCUGUGACCCAUACCUGUUAAUUUUGCUCUAUUCUUCAUAUGAGGGUCUGCAUCCAUUAAAACAAUCUCAGGGUGUCACCAGUGACAAUGUCAUACCCUCUAGAAUGACAAUCAGACACUACUAGAUCUUCCGACUUGCACCAAAAAUGCAGGAAAUCAUAAUGGAAACAAGACAGGCAGCCAACGCUAAAUUUUUUCACCCUCAUACAGGUUCCUCUUAUUUAGUGAAAAAUAUUAGCCAGGCCUUUAUCUUCCACAAAUUAUACAUUUGUACUUCAUUUUACAUUAGUUUAAAAGGCAUUUAAAUUGUUUUACUGCUGAAGUAGGAAUACUGUUACAGCAUUGAAAAUAUGUAAAUAAAAAAAAAAGUUCUUUCCUUCCACUAUCUCUCCUUUUUGAUAUGGAUUCUUUCCCACCUGACAUGCUUGACUAUUGUCAAUAUCUAUUACUUGAAGUAAUUUACUAUAUGAUUUUAUUUUGUUACUUAUGGUGGUUUUUACUAUGGAUGAGAAAAACAAUGGGAGAUGCAUUACUUGAGCAGGCAGCAUUACUUAAUGAGCACAACUACACAAACACACACACACUCACUC